AUGUCGUUGGGAUACAGUACCUCUGCUACUGUCGGCGCGGCUGCGGCUGUGGAAGUAGCCCUUCUUCUCCUACUCGGCAAAAUCCUCUACAAUCUCUUCUUCCAUCCACUGCGUAAGUAUCCUGGACCCUUGGUGAACCGGGCUAGCUAUCUCGGCUAUGUCUAUGUCCUCAUGCGUGGCGAUUUGCCUCAGAAGGUGCUUGAGUGGCAUGAGCAAUAUGGUCCCGUGAUACGCAUCAUGCCGGACCAGCUGUCCUUUGUCAAGCCCGAGGCCUGGAAGGAUAUUUACGGCUACAACACGGGCACCGAAGAGAUGUCCAAGCUGCAGACCUUUUACAAUGCCGUUGGCGGCCGGUCCAUCGUCACAGAGCCGCUGCGCGGGCGUCACCGCAACCUGCGCAGGCUUCUCGCGCACGGUUUCAGCGACCGGGCCAUGCGUGACCAAGAGCCGCUCAUCGCCGGCUAUGUCGACUUGCUGAUUCAACGCCUGCAUGAGCGCACGCUGCCCGAGGCUGUCGACAUGCGGACCUGGUACAACUGGAUGGCGUUUGACAUUAUCGGUGACCUGGCCUUUGGCGAGUCUUUUGGCAGUAUGGACCAGGUGCGCUACCAUCCUUGGGUGGAUGCCAUCGCCAACAAAGUGUCGACGAUGGGUCUCUUCAUCACAGCCACGCUACUCCAUCUCCGCCGGCCCCUGAUGCUGGCUGCCGGCCUGAUCUUUCCGGGCCGCGAGGAGGUCGAGAGCCUGGCGAUGCAAAGGGUCGAGAAGCGAAUGGCCCUCGGGACCGAGCGCCCUGACUUUCUAGAGGGCCUCCUCCGCCAGAGAAAGGAGGACAACAUGACGCUGAGCAUCGACGACAUCGCAAAGAACGCUGAGAUGCUCGUGCUCGCCGGCUCCGAGACUACGGCCACCCUCCUCACGGGCCUCACCUACCUGCUGCUCCGGAACCGCGCCGUCCUGGACCGGCUGACGGCCGAGGUGCGCUCGAGCUUUGCCUCUGCCAGCGAGAUCACACUCAUCUCAGUCGGCAAGCUGCCGUACAUGCUCGCCUGCAUCGACGAGGGCCUUCGAAUGUAUCCGCCCGUCCCCGUCGGCCUGCCACGCGUCGUGCCCGCAGCCGGUGCCAUCAUUGCCGGCGACUUCGUACCCGGUGGUACUGUCGUUAGCUGCAGCCAGUGGGCCAUGGACCACUAUAGCAAGCACUGGGUCGGCCCCUAUGAUUUUACACCAGAGCGCUUCCUCGAUGGCAGCAUGAAUGCUGGUGACUGUAGGGAGGCGCUGCAGCCAUUUUCAUUGGGUCCACGGAGCUGUAUCGGCCGCAACCUUGCCUAUGCGGAGAUGCGCCUGGUCCUUGCUCGCAUCAUCUACGAUUUCGACAUGCGCAUGGUCAACCCUUCCCUACAGUGGAUUGAUGCGCAGAAGAGUCUCAUUCUCUGGGACAAACCGGAGCUCAGCGUCUACCUGGAGCCAGUCCGCAAAGACUAG